CGUGUGUGUCUGUGUAUGUGUGUGUGUGUGCAUGCGUGCUCCUGCUUCCUGCCCGCUCGCGCUGCUGCUGCUGUAGAACUAAUCCCUCAGUCAGAGCCCCUCGCGCCUCUUCCUUCACAAGUUCCUGCAUGGAGCAGCGCGAGCGAUCCGCGACAGUCCCCGGCUUUUCCUCGGCAUAGCAAAGACGAGCAGGACCGCUGAGCUCCGGGACCGCGCGGAAUUUUAAUUAUUGGACUUAUACGGACGAUGAUGGAAGCGUGAAGGGGGCUCGCGCUGCAUGAGGACGUCACCGAGAAUUAACGUGUGUGCGUGUUUGCGUUUGCCUAACGUGGGCUGCCCGGUGUGAUGUCCCGCGGAGCGCGAGCACGCAGCCCUGAACUGCUCGUGCGCGCUGAGAUGAACUGCUGAAAUCAGUGGUUUCAUCUUCAUCGUUUUCUUUUAUGUUGAUUAUUAUAGUCAUUAGUAUUAAUAAUACACGCGUCCUUUCAAUCCGUGCGGGCGCGCUUCGCCAUCAAUGCGCAUUCAGACAUGUGGAGUCUACGGGAACCGCGCCGUCUCUCGGUCUUGGGCUUGACUUUGGCAGCUCUCCUCCUCCAGUCUUUCAGCUGCUAUCCCGCAGCUGCCCCUACCAGAGUCAAGCACCAUCAGAGGGAGAGGAGGGCAGCUGGGGAGCCAUACUGGGCGUAUUCAGGCAAUCAUGGUCCAGGGAGGUGGGCGUCCAUAUACCCCGAGUGUGGAGAGAGGAAUCAGUCGCCUGUGGACAUUACAGAUGAAGAUGCUCAAGUCUCUCAGGAGUGCCAGGAGCUGACACUGGAGGGAUUUGAAGUCAAAUCAUCUAACAAGACCUUCAUGAAGAACACAGGAAAAACAGUCUCCAUCUUAUUGAAGAACGACUAUUUUGUCAGAGGGGCGGCGCUCCCUGGGCGGUUCAAGGCAGAGAAGGUGGAGUUUCACUGGGGUCACACCAACGGAUCAACCGGCUCCGAGCACAGCAUUAAUGGAAGGAAGUUUCCAGUGGAGAUGCAGAUUUACUUCUAUAAUUCAGACGACUUUGACAGCCUCAGCAUGGCGAUAAAGGAGAGGAGAAUCAUCGCUGCCAUGGCUGUCUUUUUUCAGGUGGGGAAGAAGUACAACGUGGCAGCCGAGCCUAUCAUCACGGGUCUCAAACGGGUUGUUCAUCACGAGAAAGAGACGAGUCUCAUGCCUUUUAUCCUGAGGGACCUGUUGCCAUCCUCUUUGGGAAGCUACUACCGUUACACCGGCUCCCUCACCACACCCCCGUGCAGUAAAGUAGUGGAGUGGAUCGUCUUUAAUCGUCCUGUUUAUCUGUCCUACCUCCAGCUGGACGCGUUCUACUCGAUCUUCACCACCGAGCAGCAGGACCACGUGAAGUCAGUGGAGUACCUCAGGAACAAUCAUCGGCCCACUCAAAAUCUGGAUAACCGCUUGCUGUACAAGUCAGCUGUGAAGGAUGCCUGGUUUCCUGAUCCCUCUGAAGGACAGGCCAGCCCUGCAGAUACAGAGGCCUCUAAAGUCUGCAGCAGCAUCCCCAGAAACAUGAAGGCCCAGCCCCUAAACCGCACAGCGCUGGAGCUGACCUGGGAACGGCCCUCCAUCGUCUACCACCCGCCCAUCUUGGGCUUCUUAGUGUCCUACAGCUGGAUUAAAGAGGAAGUAGCUUUUGAGAAAACCUUCACUCAGGCGAGCGAGCAGCACACUAGGGCAGUGAUCACUCGCAUGUCUCCAGAUGUUCCGUACCUCUUCAGAGUGCAGGCUGUGUGUCAGAGAGACCAGCGCAGCGACUUCAGCCAGACAUUUAUAUUCACAGCAAACACCACCCGGAUAUUUGAAGGAACGAGACUAGUGAAAACUGGAAUGCCCACAGUAUCUCCACCCUCCUCUGCAGACAUGGCCCCCAUCAGCUCAGGUUCCUCUACCUGGACCUCCUCUGGGCUCCCGUUCUCCUUUGUCUCCAUUGCAACGGGCAUGGGUCCUCCUUCCAGUGGUGGGCAGGCCACGGUAGCCUCUGUGGUGACCAGCACCCUUCUGGCUGGCCUGGGCUUCAGCGGCGGCGUCAUUUCCUCUCUUCCUGGAUCCCUCUGGCCCACCCAAGUGCCUAGCUCAGGCCCCACCCACACAUAUCAACAAGCUCCUCCCACUCCAGAGACGGCCCCUUCAGAAACCAAGCACCUCCCCUCCGAGGAAGGGGUGGCAUCUAAAGAACCAGAGGAGGAAGAGAGAGAACGAGAGGGUGAGGAGAAGGAUGAGGAGGACGAGGAAGAUCAAGAGAAACAGGAGGAAGAGGAAAGAAAGAAAAAAGGAAAGACUGCGACGGAGAAAAAGACAGAACAGGACACUUAUCAGAAACAUACUGUCCCCGUACCAACCUCUACACCUAGAGAGAGAGGCCGAGAAGGAGGGGAUGCAGAGAAUUCCACAGCGCCCCCUAGAGCUACGGAGGAGCAGAUCACUACUGUUACUCAGAUACCUUCAGUGGGAGAUGUAACGCAGCCAACAUUGCAAGAAGAAAGUGAUACAACAGACAUGCAGCUUCCCAACAUCCCCACGCAAACCACAGAGCUGGAGGAUGAGGAGAGGAACCAGUGGCCUUUUUACAUUCACACCGAGCGGAACAGCAUAUCAACUGUACCCAAAGAUCGACCAUCCUCAGGAAGCGGAAUGGAGUGGAUCAUCCCUUUGAUGGUGGUGUCAGCUCUCACUCUGCUCUGCCUCAUCAUGCUGCUGGCUGUUCUGGUCUACUGGAGGAGGUUUUUCCAGGCUGCUCAUAUCUACAUAGAGGACAGGAACUCCCCCAGAGUCAUCCGCAAUGAGAGCUUACCUGCCCUCUGCAUACCUGAUGAUCUGGAAUCAGUCACAGUCAGACAGUUCAUCAAACAUGUAAUGGAACUCUACUCCAACAACAAUCAUGGCUUUUCUCAAGAAUUUGAUGAGGUUCAGCGCAGCGCGGCUGAUGUGAAGAUUACAGCGGAGCACACAAAUCACCCAGAGAACAAACACAAGAACAGAUACAUCAACAUCGUGGCCUAUGAUCACAGCAGAGUCAAAUUGCUGCCAUUGCCUGGAAAAGAUUCCAAACACACAGACUACAUCAACGCUAACUAUGUCGAUGGUUAUAACAGACCCAGGGCGUACAUUGCUGCUCAGGGCCCUCUGAAGUCCACCUUUGAAGAUUUUUGGAGAAUGAUCUGGGAACAGAACACCAGUGUCAUUGUCAUGAUCACAAAUCUGGUGGAGAAAGGCAGAAGGAAAUGUGAUCAGUAUUGGCCCUCAGAGAACAGCGAGGAGUAUGGGAGUAUACUAGUGACACUGAAGAGCACGAAAGUGCACGCUUGGUACACACUGCGGCACUUCCUCAUACGCAACACCAGAGUCAAAAAGGGUCAGAAAGGAAGACACAACAGCAGAAUAGUGGUCCAGUAUCAUUACACUCAGUGGCCGGAUAUGGGUGUACCUGAGUACACACUUCCAGUUCUCACCUUCAUCUCCAGAUCCUCCUCAGCUCGCACGCCUAAUUCUGGCCCCAUCGUAGUGCACUGCAGUGCUGGUGUGGGGAGGACGGGCACGUAUAUCGUGAUUGACAGCAUGCUGCAGCAGAUAAAGGACAAAGGCACGGUGAACGUCCUGGGCUUUCUCAAACACAUCCGCACCCAGCGCAAUUACCUGGUCCAGACGGAGGAGCAGUAUGUGUUUAUUCAUGAUGCUCUAAUGGAGCAAGUGCUUGGUAAAGACUCAGAGGUUCCUGCCUGGCAGCUGCACAGCUACGUCAACAGCAUCCUCACCCCCAGCCAGACUGGCACCACUCGCAUGGAGAAACAGUUUAAGCUGGUGAUGCAGUGCAAUGCUCAUUACAUGGAAUGCUUCAGUGCCCAGAAAGACUGCAACAAAGAGAAGAACCGCAACUCCUCAGUGGUGCCAUCGGAGCGAGCUCGGGUCACACUCGCUCCUCUCCCUGGAAUGAAGGGCACCGACUACAUCAACGCUUCUUACAUUAUGGGCUACUACAGGAGCAACGAGUUUAUCGUUACACAGCAUCCCAUGCCCCACACAACCACAGACUUCUGGAGGAUGAUCUGGGAUCACAAUGCUCAAGUGAUUGUCAUGCUGCCUGACAAUCUAGGGAUAACAGAAGAUGAGUUUGUAUACUGGCCCAGCAGAGAAGAAGCUAUGAACUGCGUGGCUUUUACAGUCACACUCAUCAACACAGACAAGCUUUGUCUGUCUAAUGAGGAACAACUCAUCAUUCAUGACUUUAUCCUGGAGGCCACACAGGAUGAUUAUGUGUUGGAGGUUCGACAUUUCCAGUGUCCAAAUUGGCCUGAACUCAAUGCUCCCAUCAGCAGCACAUUUGAGUUAAUCAACAUCAUCAAAGAGGAGGCAAUGACCAGAGACGGGCCCACAAUCGUACAUGAUGAGUUCGGAGGUGUGUCUGCAGGUAUGCUGUGUGCUCUGACCACACUGUCCCAGCAGCUGGAGAACGAGAGCGCUGUGGAUGUGUACCAGGUGGCCAAGAUGAUCAACCUCAUGCGGCCAGGCGUCUUCACAGACAUUGAGCAUUAUCAGUAUCUCUACAAAGCAGCUCUCAGCCUGGUGAACAGUAAGGACAUUGGCCUUCACUAUCCAUACAUGGACAGAAAUGGGAGGAUAGUGAGCACAGGUGAAUCCCACCCGGCUGAGAGCAUGGAGUCUCUGGUGUGAAUUGUUGGUCAAAACAAGAGGAGGACACCCAAGUUCAUUUGGCAGACUUUCCUUGAGGCCUUUAUUUUUGCCAGACUCAUUGGUAAAAAAAAAAAAAAAACUAAAGACUUUUUGUAUACUGAUAAAAAAAUUCUUUUUGAUAUUUAUUUUUGCUGCUUUUUGUUAUCCUGCUGAGUGUCACACCUUACUCUUCAAAAACACACACAUGACAAAAUGCAGCUGACUACUUUGCACUAUACUGUCAGUGUUACUGCCUGAUGCCUAGCUGAGUCCCACCCUCUCCGACCAUCGAGCUCCAGUCCACCGGCUCUUUGCUUUAUUGGGAGGAUAUUCAGCAAUGCUCCUCUACAGAAAUCAACAGCCAGUCAACAGCACAUUAAUACCAUUAGCACAUAGAUAUCUGCCUCAUACACACGCAAGCUGUACUCAGUAAAGCUCCUCAUGUACAACUUAAUGCCCGUCAUGACGCAACCUUUGUGACAGGGAAUGUUGGAUUAAUGUUAUUUUUGUUUAUAUGUUAUUGAGAUAUAUCAUUUUAAGUCUAACUUAUAUACAUGAUUUCAAUGUGGUAUCAUAACAGCAACUGUGAACAUAUAUUGUUAUUGGUAGCAUUUCUAUUGUUUUGUAAAAUAUAUGAAUA